AUGUGUUCAGCAAGAGAUUCACGGGUAAUAUACCCUGAUGAUGAUGAUGACAAUGGCAGUAAUCAAGCACAGCCACAACCGUCAAGAUCUGGAAACAGUGGUGGAGGUGCACCUCAAUGCCAGCCCAAGGAUUGUCACACACCUAACGUGUGUUUCCUACACCUGGAUGAGGCACAUGUGGGCCAAUGUGUCCGCACUGACGGCGCUAAAGGUGUUUGUUGUGAACCCGACGUUAAGAUCAUUGGAAAGGACUUCGAGCUCGAAAUUCGUAUCCCAAAGGACAUAGAGAGCCGGCAUUUCAAACCCGUUAAGGACUCGUCCAUCACUUUGAGUGAUAUAAAUAACGCACAGAAGUUGGCCGUAGUUUUCAUUCAAAAUCAGGAUAGACUUGAGAUCAGACUCAAAAAGGAUAAUUUGCUGCCCAAAAGAGGUUCUGGUACAUUCUUGCACCAGCAGUUCUUCGGCUCCAAUCCCAGGGCGAUUGAGUUGGCCAGGGAUGCAGUCAUAGCUUUACAGACCGCCAAAGAGUUGUCCAAAGAGAAAGGCUUUAAUGUGGAGCAAUCGCGCCGUCGGUUAUCUGGUAUUGACUUAAGGACUACACGAAUGAACGGCUUUUGUCCCAAAGAACCGGAAUGUAUAUCAACGAAGUAUAGGAGCGCUGACGGCACCUGUAAUAAUAGGCGCAAUAGGCUGUGGGGCAGAUCUAUGAUAACGUUUAACCGACUACUGGACGCUCAUUACUCCGAUGGCAUAAGUGAACCGCGAGUUUCAGUGGACGGAUCACCCCUUCCGAGCGCUAGAGAUGUGUCGCUGGCAUUGGCUCCCGAUAGGGAUCGACCUAAUCGUCGAUAUACUUUGAUGGUUAUGCAACUAGGACAGUUUAUUGAUCAUGACCUCACACAUACAGCCAGCACUAGAACCAACGAUAACUUUGCCCUCCGAUGUUGUGGUGAAGAGUUUCGUCAAAACCCCCAACUCGUACACCCGGCCUGCUUUCCCAUACCUAUAGCAAAUAAUGACCCAUUUUAUGCAAACUUUGGCAGAUCUAUGAUAACGUUUAACCGACUACUGGACGCUCAUUACUCCGAUGGCAUAAGUGAACCGCGAGUUUCAGUGGACGGAUCGCCCCUUCCGAGCGCUAGAGAUGUGUCGCUGGCAUUGGCACCCGAUAGGGAUCGACCCAAUCGUCGAUAUACUUUGAUGGUUAUGCAACUAGGACAGUUUAUUGAUCAUGACCUCACACAUACAGCCAGCACUAGAACCAACGAUAACUUUGCCCUCCGAUGUUGUGGUGAAGAGUUUCGUCAAAACCCCCAACUCGUACACCCGGCCUGCUUUCCCAUACCUAUAGGAAAUAAUGACCCAUUUUAUGCAAACUUUGGUCAAACGUGUCUAAACUUUGUGCGGUCCGCCCCUGCAAUCCGUCCCAACUGUCAAUUGGGUCCACGGGAACAGCUCAACCAAUUGACGGCAUAUCUGGACGCCAGCAAUAUAUAUGGAUCAACGGAACAAACAGCGCGAUCUCUGCGAAGUGGUCGUCGGGGAAGACUACGGGUGUCUAUCGUUAACAGACGACAGUUCCUUCCCUUCGACAACGGCACUGGUUUUUGUGGUAUACCUCGUGAGCAACAGUUGCAGUGUUUCGUCGCCGGAGACAUGAGAGUGAACGAACAGUCGGAGCUGACGGUUAUGCACACCGUAUGGAUGCGAGAGCACAACCGGGUGGCCGACCUCUUGCACGGACUCAAUGAGGGCUGGAAUGACGAAAUUCUUUAUCAGGAGAGCCGGCGCAUAGUGACCGCCCAAUGGCAGCACAUUAUAUUCAAUGAAUUCCUGCCCAUUAUUAUCGGUCGCAAUGCUAUGCGGGCUUUCGAUCUGUUUCUGACCCGAAAAUCUCAUACUAAGAGUUAUAAUGAAGACAUAAACGCCGGCAUAACGUCGGCCUUCGGAACGGCAGCCUUUCGUUUGCAUACAUUAAUUGAGGGAAACAUUCAGCUAUUGAAUGAUAAUAAUAGAGUUGUCGAUAGGGUUGAGCUCAAGACUCAGUUCAAUAAUCCGCAGAUUCUGUAUAAACAAAAAGCACUCGACCUUAUGGUUAAUGGUUUGACGGGUCAACCCAUACAACACGGUAUGACUCUUAUAAUAAAAAGUUUUAUUAUGAAUCCAAUUAAACUAAAUAUUUAUUUCACUGGUUUUUGUGGUAUACCUCGUGAGCAACAGUUGCAGUGUUUCGUCGCCGGAGACAUGAGAGUGAACGAACAGUCGGAGCUGACGGUUAUGCACACCGUAUGGAUGCGAGAGCACAACCGGGUGACCGACCUCUUGCACGGACUGAAUGAGGGCUGGAGUGACGAAAUUCUUUAUCAGGAGAGCCGGCGCAUAGUGACCGCCCAAUGGCAACACAUUAUAUUCAAUGAAUUCCUGCCCAUUAUUAUCGGUCGCAACGCUAUGCGGGCUUUCGAUCUGUUUCUGACCCGAAAAUCUCAUACUAAGAGUUAUAAUGAGGACAUAAACGCCGGCAUAACGUCGGCCUUCGGAACGGCAGCCUUUCGUUUGCAUACAUUGAUUGAGGGAAACAUUCAGCUAUUGAAUGAUAAUAAUAGAGUUGUCGAUAGGGUUGAGCUCAAGACUCAGUUCAAUAAUCCACAGAUUCUGUAUAAACAAAAAGCACUCGACCUUAUGGUUAAUGGUUUGACGGGUCAACCCAUACAACACGGUCGAGAUCAUGGACUCCCACCUUAUAAUCGUUUCCGAGAGAUUUGUGGUCUAAAACCAGUGAAAGGUUUUCAAGACUUGGAGUCAAUUAUGCACCCAAAAGCGGCUCAACUAAUGGGUCGGGUAUACAAUAAUGUCGAUGACAUCGAUCUGUUUAUUGGUGGCGUUUCCGAGAAUUUAAUAAACGGUGGUAUAGUUGGGCCAACAUUUGCCUGUAUUAUAGCCGAACAGUUCCGGAGACUAAAAAACGGCGACCGGUUUUGGUUUGAAAACGGAGGGCUCGAGUCCUCGUUCAAUGAGGACCAGCUCCUGGAGAUUAGGAAAUCCAGUUUAGCCCGCAUUUUAUGCGACAAUAGCGACGUCCCGUCCAUGCAAUCGUUGGCUUUGGUUCAGACUUUUGAUUGGAACCGUAAACUGGAUUGCAGUGGGAAUGAGAUCCCGAGAAUCGACCUGAGCUACUGGCGCAAUGAGCCCGUAUGGUCUUAAUGGCACAGUUAGUCUUCAGGU